GCAACUGUUUGGCGCGCGCCGACUACUGCUAAGCAAGAUAAUGGACAAUGAUAUUAUCUAAUAUCUUGUGUUUAGCAUCAGCAGCUGCAUGUGACCACCUAACGAUAAGUUGAUAACGAUUACAAAUAAUAACAAUAUUGUUAUGUUUUAAACGUAUCACGACACAAGCAAUCGGAAACAUUAUUUCUCACGGAUCACGGUUAUUCGCGAUACCGUCCGCCGUCGCAUCAGUCAGUGCCUCGCGCCAAAUGAAAACGAAAAGAAACAAAAUAAAUAUUUAUCCAUUUCUAUUUUCCGUUAUAAGCUAAAACAAUAUCCUAAUACCUAUGUGGUUCUGUUAUUUGUUUUACGUAUAAUUAUUAUUGUUUGACACGCUAAUGCAUACAUACCUACCUGGUUUGUCGUCGUGCGAAUUACAUCUGUUUUUAUAAUAACGAUGACUGAACAAUGACAUGUUUGUUAAACGCAGGCCAACAAAUAUGUGGAACAAGCUACAUCGUCACGAUAUGAGUAUUAAAUAAACACAGCGAUAGGUACCUCGUCCUAUUCGAAAUCGGGCCACACAAGAGGACGGAUAAUAUAAUUAUCGCAUUUAUUUUCUCCAUCGCCAUACGAUGCGUUUGACACUGUUGCUGACGGCCAUUUCGCUUGCAACGACUGACGUCUGUUUGGCCACCGAUCCACUGGCCCAAGAGUAUGGCGAGCUAGUGUUUUCAUCUUUGCUGUAUAGACACGGUGAUCGAGCGAUAACUGAUUUACCUUACCCUAAAGAUCCUUAUAGAAAUACAUCUUACUGGCCCAUGGGUUUUGGACAGUUGACUAAUCAAGGAAAAGAAAGACAUUAUGAGUUUGGAAAAUGGAUAAGAAAUAGAUAUAGUGAUUUUUUGCCUGUUAAAUAUUCAAGUGAAGACAUAUAUAUUCGUAGUACUAGUGUGGAUCGUGCUUUAAUGAGUGCCUCUGCUAAUCUAGCUGGUUUAUACCCACCAACUGGAGAUCAAAUAUGGAACAACAAUUUAGGAACCUUAUGGCAACCAAUUCCUAUUCAUUCAAUUCCACGAGAUCUUGAUGAGUCUUUAUCAUUUGGUAAUAACUGUCCUCAAUUCACAAAGCAUUUUGAUGACCUUCAAAAUUUACCAGAAAUCCAGCGAUUUAAUGAAGAUCACCAGAAAUUAUACAAUUACCUUAAAGAAAAUAGUGGCAUGAAUUUUACUGAUUUAAUUGAUGACACAUUAACUUUAUAUGAUACAUUAUUGGUUGAGACACAAUUUAAUUAUACUUUACCCAAUUGGACUAAUUCUGUGUUCCCUGAAAAGUUAAGAGAAGUUUCUGAAUUGGCAUUUCUAUUGCCAACGUAUACACCAUUAUUGAAGAAACUAAGUUGUGGUGUAUUGCUUAAUGAAAUCGUUGAUAAUAUGAAACAAAAACGGAAUGGAACCAUGAAAACUAAUUACAAAUUAUGGGUAUACUCAGCUCAUGAUACCAAUGUAGCUGGGUUAUUGCAUUCCUUGAAUGUGUACAAUUAUAAAUUACCUCCUUAUGCUGCUGCAGUGUUUUUAGAACUUAGAAAGAGUAAAAACUCAAAUAAUACUUAUGUUGUUACUGUAUCAUACAGAAACACUUCUACUCAUGAUCCUUAUUUACUUCAUGUUCCGGGUUGUGAUUCAAUAGCAUGUGAUUUAGACCAAUUUAUUGAUGUUGUGAAUCCAAUUCUACUAACAGACUGGUACAAAGAAUGCAAUACAUCGGAUGAAAAUAAUUUGUUGACUUAUAUUGGAAUUAUUGCAGUAAUAUUGAUAGCUGUUUCUAUUAUAUUUUUUAUGUUGAACAAAAAAUAUUUCAUCUGUUAUUGUGGCAGAAAUUAUCAAAAAUUGUAUCAUGCCGUGCCCCGGGAAGAGACAGAGACUGUGGACUUCGAUCAAGACGGACGGAGUCGCGUAGCCGUCUCGUUUCGGAUGAACGGCGUCGAAUCGACAUCCGCAGACGUGUAAAUAUGUUAUAAUGUAAUAUAGUACGUACCUACCUUCAGCAGUAAUAGUGUGUAACGCAGAAGGCGAUGCAUCUGUGAUGUUUUUCGUUAAGGUCCCCGUCACAUAACAAUGUAAUAAUAAUAAUAAUAUUAUGAGCGAUUUUUGUAAAUUAUUGAGAAAUUCCAUUUUUCCAAAAACUGCACGUAUCGAUCGAUCGUUUAAGAGCCACAAUUAUUUAUCCAUAGUGGAUCCUCGUGUGUAAUAAUUAUUGUCGCGCAAUCGCCGUUUGUUUGUACAAUAUUUAAUAUUAUUAUUUAUUUAUUACACAAAAUAAUAUAAUAUAUAGAAAUAUAGAAUAAAGAUUGUACUCAUAUAUUAUUAUUAAUAAUUAUGAUUUCUGACCAUUA